AUGGAUCUUAGUGACUAUGAUGAUGAAUAUGCAGAUGCCCUACCAGCACAACCUCCCCCAUUUACCCCUUAUCCUAUGCCAGUCUCAUACCCUGCACUGCCACCUCCUGAUCCACACAGGCCACCUCCAACUCCUCAAACUUCUUCCACUAUACCUCCUGUCGUUCCCACUCCUAAAUCCAUCCAUACUAUCAUGUCUCCUUCAGAAAACCCUCUAUCUGAGUACCUUACAACUCUUACUAUCUCAAAACCAGCCCCUCUCCCUUAUUUCAUGAAUGAAGGACCUCAACCUGCUGCAUCACAUGUUUCAGAAAUGGAUGAUGAUCCUGAAGUCCAGAAUCCUGACACACCCAGACAACCUCCUGUCCCUCCUACCCCUUUUACCCCAUACCAAAAUCAGAACCCAAAACAAUUUUUCACCCUGAAUGAUAUUCCUGUUUUCAAAUGGGCAUCUUGGAUUGCUGAUUUUCAUGCAUGGAUUAAUGCUGAAUUACUUCAUGAAGGAGCCUCUUCUGUUACUGUCUUGUCUAAAUUUGUUGCAAGACUCCAAGGAAAACUCAGGGAAUUGUAUUUAGCUCUUGGCCCUUACAGACAACUGCAGAUUGUCCAGCUUACUGAAAGCCAGUUUAUUACCACUCUCUAUCAAGAGUUUUUUGCACUGUUACAAAUGAUCUCUCCAAGGCCCGAGAUGAAUUUCUCUAGAUGA